CUGAUAGAAGAGUGAAUUCUGAUAGAGAAGAGUGGAGUGAGCUUCUGAACAAGCUUCAUUUCAGCAAAGACGUACCUUUAUUCUCAUUUCAGCAGGUCACCUGCUCUUCAUACCUCAAAUCUCAGGGCAGUAUUGGAGCAGCCUACCUAAUGAUCCACCUUCCUGACUCUUCCUAACUUAAAGCCUGGAAUAUAAAAAGUGAUUUAAAUGCCAUAGCAUAUUUGAAAUCAAGCUGUCCUUCCACUUCCAUGGAAUACUCAUGGCCUGAGGAAAAUGUCACAGGGCUGCCUUCUCUUCUCAUCAGGAGGAAGGGUUUCUCACCAUGGCCAUAACACAGUUUCGACUCUUUAAAAUCUGUACUUGCCUGGCAGCAGUGCUUUCUUUCAUUAAAAAGUUAAUAUGCAGGUCUGGAAGAGGGCGAAAGUUAAGUGGAGACCAGAUAACUUUGCCAACCACAGUGGAUUAUUCAUCUGUUCCUAAACAGCCUGAAGUAGAAGACUGGUCUUCGUGGGAUGAAGAUGCACCUACCAGUGUGAAGAUUGAAGGUGGCAAUGGUAAUGUGGCUGCUCAGCAAAAUCCUUUGGAACAAAUGGAACCUGAUUAUUUCAAAGAUAUGACACCAACUAUAAGAAAAACUCAAAAAAUAGUUAUUAAAAAAAGAGAGCCUUUAAAUUUUGGGAUUCCAGAGGGAAACACAGGAUUCUCUAGCAGAUUAGCAGCUACACAAGAUAUUCCUUUUAUUCACCAGUCUCCUGAACUGGGAGACUUGGAUACUUGGCAAGAAAAUACUAAUGCCUGGGAAGAAGAGGAAGAUGCUGCCUGGCAGGCAGAAGAAGUUCUUAGACAACAGAAGAUAGCAGAAAGGGAAAAAAGAGCAGCAGAACAACAACGAAAAAAAAUGGAGAAAGAGGCCCAGAGGCUAAUGAAAAAGGAACAAAACAAAAUUGGUGUAAAACUGUCCUAACAGAAACCAGGCAUCAAUGGCAGUGGCUCAAAGGACUAUCGGGUUCCAAUACAUUAAGACUUCAACAUUAAGAUUCAAAGUGUAUCCACGCCUAUACUUAUCGUAACAAUUUUCAAGACUCCCAACAAUGUAUAUUUUUGGUUACGGUCCCCAUAUAUGCACAAGACCAGUGAAAUGCUCAAGCAAUUAUACGAUUGAGAAGAGCACUACACGAGACGGGCACGGACGAUGUGCUGGAAGCUGCCUGGGGAAUAUGGGUUUUACUUCUUUACUUUGGACAACAAAUGGAAAGCGCUAGCAUGCUUUCUGGAGCACAAGUGUGAUACCCUUGGUGGGAAUGAGUCUCCAUGUCACUUAACACUGUAGUUUCACAAAUGUUUUAGGUUAGUGCUGCCUAAAGAAAUACCCCACCUUUCUCUGGUCAUUUGUUCCUGUGUGCAUCUUGUGCUACCCUUGAGCCAGUGCAAAGUGCCUGUACAUUUGCUCAGUGAACCAGCUAAGGCAAGGGACUAAGCUUAAUGCUAACUCAGCAAACAAACAUGACAGAGCACUAGCUCUAAUUCUCCUUAAUUUCCCUGGUCAUGUUCACUGUGCAGAUGUGCUGGCACCAGAAAGACACUAGCACAGGGGAGGGACACAGUCCCUGGGAGCACAAAGACUAUUUCUGUGGGCAGCAGUACUGUUAAAAACACAUCUU